GAGCCCAGCGAGGAGCGAGACACAAGCCAGGAUGAGGGGAGAGAUGACGUGAAAGUUUAAGAAGACAGAAAGAAAAACAAGAGGAGAAGAAGAGUUCGCGGCGCGGCUGGGCAUAAAGCCUGGAGAGGUUGAGCCAGAAUGUCUUCUGAAGGCUUUCUGAAGGAAAUGCAAACCAUUGGUGAGAAGUUUCUCCUUAAGCUCCAGAAACUGCCCAAGGCUGACCCAGUGGAGAUUGUGUCCUUCUGUGUGGUUCUUCUGUUUAUUGCUACUGUUCUUCUGCUCAUGAUCAUUGCCUGCAGUUGCUGCUGCUAUAGCUGCUGUAGCUGCGACGGACGUCCUGACCACAGACGUAGGAAGAUCCAAGUCCGCCCCAUCACCCAUUCAUGAAGUGCAACAAGAGGUGACACAACCUACUACCAAGGACAUGCAUGGACAUCAUGAUUCAGUUCUAUGGGAAUGACUUUCUACGCUAGCUCACUGAAAAUGGCAAUAACAAUAUUAAUUAAUAUGACUCAGAGGAGGAGAAAUCACGGCAUGGAAUUCCUUCAUUCUGUGACAGCCACGGCUGGGCUCCGUGGCGUGACCAGAAAGGUAAUGCUACUUUACCAUCACUGUCUCUCUCUUCUGGGGUGGGGGUACACAGACACAUGCUGCUGAGAAAACAGACACGCUUUCCCAAUGACAGCCCUGCAGCUGGGCCAGCCAAGGAUUCCCUUUGUGAGCAUGGAGCCACAGACCAA